AUGAUUUUGCUCAACGAGACCGUCGAGACAUCUUCCUUGCCCUACCUCCCUUUCUCCUCCCCCGAUCACAAUUUCUCCAUCCUCUUCACCCAUGACCCCUCGCUCUCCUCUUCUUCCCCCGUCUCCUUCCCCACCUCCACCUCCUCCUCCUCCUCCUCCUCCUCCCCCUCCUCCCUGUCUCCCUCCAACUGCACCAGCUCUCCGUCACCCUCCUCUCCUCCGUACAACUUCUACGCGGUGCUGCUGGUACUCGUCAUCUUCUGCGUGGUGUUUGGCAAUGUCCUGGUGUGUGUGGCGGUGUCGCGGGAGCGCGCCCUGCAGACCACCACCAACUAUCUCAUCGUCUCCCUGGCUGUGUCCGAUCUGCUGCUGGCCACGCUGGUCAUGCCCUGGGGCGUCUACCUGGAGGUGGUGGGAGAGUGGCGCUUCAGCCUCAUCCACUGUGAUAUCCUGCUGACUCUCGACGUCAUGAUGUGCACCGCCAGCAUCCUCAACCUCUGCGCCAUCAGCAUCGAUAGAUACACAGCGGUGGCCAUGCCUCUGCUAUACAACACCAGAUACAGUUCUCGCAGGAGAGUGGUGGUGAUGAUCACUGUGGUGUGGUUCCUCUCCUUCGCCAUCUCCUGCCCUUUACUCUUUGGACUCAACAACACUGCGAGCCGGGAGGGGACCAAGUGCAGCUUCGCCGACCCGGCCUUUGUGGUAUACUCAUCUGUUGCCUCCUUCUACGUUCCCUUCAUCGUAACGCUGUUGGUGUACGCGCAGAUCUGUGUGGUGCUGCGCAAACGAGGCCGGCGCACCGCCCCGCCUCGCAGACACGGCCUGCAUGCCCCGGGAGCGGCUGAAGCCGGCGACCACCAGAGACACAGGAAGAAUAAGUGUACACACCCAGAGGAUGUGAAGCUGUGCACCCUGAUCCUUCGGCCCCCCACCGCCGCCCCUCAACGCAAGAAAGUGACCUUGGUGAAGGAGGCGGUCGUGCACCCCCUUGAAGUGGAACCGGGACGAUUCCUGUCCCAGACCGAGCAGAGCCUGGCUCCUCCCCCCGCGUCCCAGCCUGCCUCCCACUCGGGACAGGCCAGGAUCUCCCUGUCCAUCUCAGUUGGACCCGCCCCUGUCCUGCCCUCCACCGUGGCGCGGUCGGCUCUGACGCCCCGCCCGCCCACCCUCGAGGAUGGCAUGAGGGGCCAAGAGGGGUGGAGGGAGCGCCACGAAAGCAGAGACAAAGGGGGGAGCGUCAAGGAGAGGGUGAGAGGGAGGCUGUCGCAGCAGAAGGAGCGGAAGGCGACACAGAUGCUCGCCAUUGUGCUCGGUGUGUUCAUCAUCUGCUGGCUGCCUUUCUUCCUGACUCAUGUGCUGAAGGCUCACUGCAGGAGCUGCUGCAUCUCCCCCUCCCUGUACAGUGCCGUCACCUGGCUCGGUUACCUGAACAGUGCCGUCAACCCCGUCAUCUACACCACCUUCAACAUCGAGUUUCGCAAAGCCUUCAUCAAGAUCCUGCACUGCUGAGAGAAGGAGGGAUAUAAGAAGCGCCGUCUGACAAGUAAAAAAAGGAAACAUGAUAUCAGUUUGAGAGCAGAGGUGAGAGAUUGAUGCUCAGACUGAAAGACUAACGGCAAGGAAGACAGAGAAGUGAAGACGUCAGGGUUGGUUUUGAUAGACAGGAAGUGGGAGAUGAGGCGCGGGGACAUGAAAGAGUGAUAUCUUGUUGAAAAUGACAGACAAGAGGAGUGUAAACAGCCCGUAAGACAGAGGAAAGACGGGGUAGAGUGCAGAGAGUGGGAACGAAAGAGGCAGGGAAAGGGACGCAGAAAUUAGAUUUAAAAAACAGAAUCCAGAAGGCAAGAAAAAGACAACUAGGAAAACACAGAAACAAGCUGGAGACACUCACAGAGAGGAGGAUGUGCACUGCACUGUAUAUAUAGUCUGAAAAGGGAAUAUGUGAGGGCUGCAUCCCAGCUGAGAGACUGCACACACUGUAUGUGGGGUCAGACUCCCUCAGACAUGACUGUUUUUCCAAUUCACUGGAAAGUUUGACUCGAGUCAGGCUCUGUCUGUUGUAGUUUCUUGUAAACUUGGCUAACAGCAUCUUGUUAUUUGUUCGCAUGUGCUUGUCUUUCUCAGAGGACGCGAAUAUGUCAAGACAAAUAAAAAAACAAUCUUUGAUUUGCGAGUUCAACUUUUUUUUUUAAAAUUCCCAUGCCCAAGGCUGUAUCUGUUUCUAUAGAUAUAUUUUUUAACAGUGCAUUAAAAUUACAUGAAGGGAGACGCUGAUUUGGUGAUUCGGCACACGGAAAUGAGCAGACGGGAAAGAGUCCUUUUAUGUGUGUAUUUUCGCUUUGAUUAAGUGUGUAUUUGUGACGUAUGUCUGUAAAUAAUUGUAUUACUGC